GGCAAUUUCACAAAAUUUCACUUGACAGGAGGGAAGACUUCGGCGGGAAAGCAGAGAGAGAGAGAGAGAGAUGAUGUCAUCGGAAGUAGAUGCAGAAUCGGCUGACCUAGAGUGCGAGCUUGAUAACGUACAGGGCAUGGUCGAUGCCCUUUCUUCUGUCCGUUGGAAACGCCAUCAGGAUGCAGUUAUUGAAUUAUCUGAACAUGGCAUUGUUCUGGUAGUGGAAGAAUCUUCAUGUGUUCAAGCCAAAGUGUAUCUUCAAAAAGAGCUUUUUGUUAGAUAUGAGUAUAGUGCUCAAGCUCGUGUGCGGUUCGGUGUUAGCUUGGGACUCUUUGUGGAUUCUCUCAACACUUUCUCGCGUCCUGCUCAUUCCUCCACUAUUGAGAUUCGAUAUCCUGGCCCUGAUAUGCAGCUUCUUCUCAGGUCUGUUGAUUCAUUAGAUGCUUGUAUCUAUGCGGAGAUCAGGACAAGAAUCCCUGAAACGAUUUCAUGGGACUACAACUUUGAGCCUGCAGGAAGCACUCCUCUGAGUUUCACUGUUAAGUCAGCAGCUUUAAAGGAAGCUAUUGAUGAUCUGGAAUGGCCAGGCUCAAGCAUCCAAGUGAGCCUCCAACCAGCUCCGCCAGUUGUUACAUUCAGGGGUGAAGGCCAUGGAGACUUGCAGAUUGAUUUCAUGUAUUAUGCAAAUACUGAUCUGUUGACUGCAUUCCAUUGUGAUCGCGAGGAGUCUCACCGGUACAAGUACAAGUUCCUUCGUGCAACAACUUCCAACAUUCCAAGCAGUGUUAUCAAAGAAAAUCGAGGAAGCAAGUUGACCAUUGGACGGGGUGGAAUGUUAAAGGUUCAGCACCUGGUUUCAGUUGCAAAACAAUCCAACUCACAUUCCCACGCUGACUCGGCUGGCUAUCUGCAACCAAGCCGUAUUGCUUAUAUUGAGUUCUUUGUCAAACCAGAGGUUGAUGAUGAUAAUGCUAAUGAUUAAAAUAAAUUCUGAAGACGAUUUGAUGCUUGUUGAUCUUACAAAUAGACAGAACCAAUAGAUUUUCAUAUCCAUAUAAGGAAACAUGAAGCUAGAAUAUAUUUCCUGAUUAGUGUUAAGAACAUUUCAUUUCAGACAAUUAGUAUACAUUUGUUAUUAUAA